AUGUGGCAGAUGGAGGGGUAAAGUUUUUGUUGACCCAGUUCCUGAAGGAAAACAACAGUGCAAGUCACGUGCCUCAGGUUCGCUGGGGUCAACUAUUUUGCCAAUUCAGAUCUAACUGGAGUUGAGCAAAAUACUUAGAGUCAUGUGAUCUUGCACGUAGUGCAAAACUAGCGGAGCUUGUGUGAUAAUAAACCAAAACAUCAGUCCACUAUCAGCAUCUCGGCACAUCUUUAGCCUUAAUUAUUUUUUUAUUAAAAGCAUUUCAAAGCUCCUCAAAAUGCUUUUAAAGGGACUCCCGCAUUUCGCUGUGGGUGAAGUGAUCAAAGGGUUUCAGAGAGGAUCCAAGGAACUUGGAAUCCCCACAGCUAAUUUUCCUCAUGAGGUGGUCGAAAACCUUCCGACUGGGGUUGAGACUGGAAUCUACUAUGGCUGGGCCAGUGUGGAUGAUGGUCCUGUUUACAAGAUGGUCAUGAGUGUGGGCUGGAAUCCCUACUAUAAGAAUGAAAAAAAGUCGAUGGAAACUCACAUUAUGCACAAGUUUGAUGAUGAUUUUUACGGAUCUACUUUAAAAGUGUGUAUGGUAGGAUACCUGAGACCAGAAAUGGACUUCAAGUCUCUAGACGAAUUAAUAGAGGCAAUCAAUCAAGACAUCAAGAACGCGUCAGAGGCAUUAGACCAGCCAAGCAAGCUUAAAUACAAGGAUCACGAAUUCUUCUUGCCUCACAAAAAUGGACUGAUCAACAAGGAAAGUCAGCAAAAGAGUCUUUAGUUUCAACACAACGCUUUUGCAUCCUCUAGUACUUGCUUAAUUAAGGAUAACUUCAAACUUUUUCCGGUGUUCUCUGUGGUACUUUGUUCAAUUAUUGCCGGUCCUUGAUUAUUUCAAUAGUUUUGUACUGUUAAAAAGCAGAAACCGUUUUAAUUAUGUUAUAACUAGUGCAAUAAAUUAUUUUUCAAUCACA